CCGCAACGUCAACAAAGCUUAUCUAAUCGUUUGAUGAAGAAGUUGCAUACAGAAAUGUCUUCGAUAUAUACGUCAAUUAGUUCAAAUGUCCUUCCUGAGCAUCAGCAUGAUUUGCCAUCUGAUGUAAAGAUUGAUUCACAUGACAAACCGGUUGAGGAACAAGAAAUGAGAACUCCGUUAGAAAUGUUUCAUGAGAGAUUAAACAAUCUAAAGAAGGGGAUACCAGAUGGUGUUUUUUCAACCUUUUUGGAUCCUAGUGAGAUAGAAAAUGAUCCUAUUAUUAAGAAUGCUUUAAAUUAUUAA